CCGAGCGCUCUGAGUGUGGACGUGUUGAUUGUUGCUGUGUGAUUGUUUACGGUACGCGGUGCUAAAAAUAUUUACAAUGGUGCAAUGUAAAAAGUGUAAAUUGUUUGUAUCGACUGCCAAGGAAGAUACCAUCAAGUGUAAAGGUGGAUGUGAUGGAAUUUUGCAUAAGAAAUGUGCGCGAAAGGUGGGCCUAAAAGAACUGUGCGAUGAUUGUGGAAAUAAAGGUUCUCCUACAACGCCUAGAAUUUCCUUGGAACCUGGAAACGUUACGGUAGAGGCUCUGCUGAAGGAGGUAAACAAAAAGCUCGAAAUAGUCUACAAUAUCGAAAAAAAAGUGCAGGAGAUGUCAGAUCGGAUAGAUGAGUACUCAGAACGAUAUGGGGAGCUGGUCGAGUUCAAAGAAAGAGCAGAGAGUAAAAUUAUCGCGUUAGAGAGGAAAAAUGUCUAUUUACAAAAGUGCAACGUAGCCCUGGAGGAAAGAGUAGAGAUGCUCGAACAGAAAGAGAAAGAGAAAGUAAUUGAGUUGGCAUGCGUAGACGAGCUCGAACACGAAAAACUAGACGAAGUAGUAGCAUCUAUUGCACAAAAGCUUGAUCUCGAAACCGAGGACAUUGAGCAGGUACGGAGAGUGGGUGCCCCAAAGAAGAAGGUAGACACAGAACUCGGCGAUAAGCAGGCGCGCGCGCGGCCUAUCGUUGUUACCAUGCGCACAAAGGCAGCACGGGACCAAUGGAUAAACAAGCGCAAGACUCGUCUCACUAAUGGCGCAAUUUUUGGUAAUAACAAUCAAAAAAGGAUCUAUAUCAAUGAGGAUAUGACUAAGUUCAAACGCCAAUUAUUUUGGUCCGCUAAAAACCAGCUAAAACCUACGUACAGUUAUGUGUGGUUCCAGAAGUCUAACAUAUUAGUAAAGAAGAGUGAGUCAGAAAAGAAAAUCUAUAAUAUAAGAAGCGAAGAGGAUAUCAAAUCCCUAAUUGAAAACAUUGGAAAUACGGCUGAGUAAACAGUAUAAUAAUACAUAAUCAGGCGC